GGCAGACGUGGCACUACGUCAUCAGCCCGCGUCGGAGCUAGCUGUGCAGGAAUAAAGCUGAGAAAAUGAUGCAGGAAAGUGGGAUUGAGACGAGACCUCUGGAGAACCUGAGUGCUGCCGUCAGCGGAGCCUCAGCCUCCGUUCAUUCGUCUUGUCCGCCUCUAGCUUCUUCCAUCAUACCACUUACAUCUGCUGGCGCGGUAGCUCCUCCCAUUGGGAUUCCUGUUUCUAGUUUCUCUAAGAGUACAGGAUAUGACAUCACACGGGGUCAUGCCAGCCAGGUCCCUCGGACACCAGCCGUGCCAGCGUUCUCCUGUCCUGCAACCAUGCCAGGAGUUUUGUCUAAUCCGAUGGUACAGCAGCCCGUCAUGACUGGAGCCAUAGAGGCUGGAUCUUCAAUAACAUUUCCAGAAGACCAAGAGGACCCCAAAGAGUCUGAACACAUCAACAGUACUGGAGGCAUUUGGGGUUUUUUCAAGGGAGUUGCAGGAAACCCUGUAGUGAAAACAGUCCUGAAUAAAACCAAGAACUCUGUGGAAUCUAUGAUCACAACUCUGGACCCUGGCAUGGCUCCAUAUAUCAGGUCUGGUGGGGACAUUGACAUUGUGGUUGCAUCAGACAAGGAGAUCCAUGUUGAAGCUGUCAGAGAUGCCUUCCAGGAGGUGUUUGGAAUGGCAACUGUCAUUGGGGAGGCUGGUCUGUCAAACAUUGCUCCCCAGCCAGUGGGCUAUGCAGCAGGCGUUAAGGGAGCUAAAGAACGCAUCAAGAGCUUGCACCAAGCCAGCAUCAUCCACAAAGAUCAGCCUGUCGUCUCUUUAGAAAACUUUAUAGCAGAACUAUUUCCUGACAACUGGUUUGACAUUGGCUAUUUAAUCUUGGAGGAUCCGUGUCACAACAUCACUAUCGAAGUGUUCACUCAGGCGACUCCUGUGCCAUUGCAUCACAUUCAGCAGGCUCAGUCUCUGACCCCUCCUGACUACAGUCUGCGCUGGUCUGGACUUCUCGUCACGGUGGGUGAGGUUCUGGAGCGCAGUUUACCCAACACCAACAGAACAGACUGGCAUCACGCUGUGACCGGGAUGAGCAAGCGGGAGAUGAUCCAAAGUGCAGCAAAAGCUCUAGCUGGGCUCUACAAACAGCAGCUUCCUCCAAGGACUUCAUGAGCCAUAAUGGUUUUGAUUCUGUCACAAAAAAUGUUCAGACACUUGAGGAGAAACCAGCUAGUAGGAAAGAAACUCUCAUAACUCAGAUUUGAUUCUCCUU